CCGAAAAGCAACAGAAAUGUUCUUCAAGGUUUUCUUCGUUUGCGCAAUUGCCACUGUCCACGCUGGAUAUCUGGGAGGUGGACUGCGGUACGCAGCACCAGUAGCAUACGGAUUCGCAGCACCGACAAUUGCUCGAGUGGACCAUUUGGCGCCCGCAGUUGCUUCGGUCCACAGGACCGAGUUGUAUACGGCCCCAAUCGCAAGAACCUCCCUGGUCGCUCCCGCUGUACACUCCGUGGUCGCCGCACCUGUCGUUCGCUCUAACUACUUCGGACACGGGUUUGGGUACGGAUCCCACUUCGGAUACGCCCGAGCGCUCCCAUUGGGAUACGCGGGGGCAUAUCGUGCCGGCUGGUAG